AGGGACAUGAUCUCGGAGAGGCAAAGCGAACAAACGGCUACUCUCCUCCCACUUGCUAUCCUCGAAAUUAACGAAACGUAGUUGAAGAACCCACAGAAUCAGAACCCCAACACUGCCUUAUGCUUUCCCUAUAAAUACACAUUGUCCCUUCCUCUCGUCAUUUCAAAUACAAACUCACAACACACUUUGUACACUCCGUCCCUCUUCCCUGUCUCUCAAAUGGCUUCCCUGACGCAAACUUUCAUGUCCCUCGCCUCUCUUCCCAAUCUAGUACCCGGUACCAGGAUCUCCCACCCAAGUUCAGUUUCCCUCUCAAUUAAGGAGGGAAGAAGUUUCCCAUCCGUUACAUUGCAGCCCAGAGGAUGUCGGUUUCGAUUUAGAUGUGUGGCAAAACCAGAGACAGUGAAGAAGGUGUGCCACAUAGUUAAGAAGCAAUUAGCACUACCAGAGGAAUCAUCUGUUACUGGAGAGUCUAAAUUUGCUGCACUUGGAGCUGAUUCUCUUGACACGGUUGAGAUUGUGAUGGGACUUGAGGAGGAAUUUGGUAUUACUGUGGAAGAAGAAAGCGCCCAGACUAUCACCACCGUUCAAGAAGCUGCUGAUAUGAUCGAUAAGCUUCUUGAAACCAAGGCUUAACAAGCGUGUGCAUUUUGGAGUUUUUUGCUAUUUCAAUGGAAGGGGGUUUUAAUUUUUAUCUUUGGUAUUACACCUAGUUUUAAUUUUAUAAAACUCGUGCCAUUUCAUUCCCGUUGAAAGAAAUUGGUCCUCAAAGUCAUGAGUAUUUGCAUUUUUUAGACAUUUCAAAUUGACCGUCAAACUCCUACCAUUUUGCUCCCUAUUUCAAAAUAUGCUUCUCAUUAUUCCA